AUGGGGACAUCGACUACCUCGCCGGUCCAGGGUGAAGUCCUGGAUCCCCAGAUAAGCUCUGGGACUCUGCCGCCCGUGCCGCACGCCCCAGCAGCCUGUGAUAUGCCCAGGAAGGAGCUGGGGAUGGCUGGCUGCAACUCUGGCAGCUGUGACAGCAUGGUCAGCACGGCCUCCAACCACUCACAGUGCAGUGAUAACAGCUAUGACUACUUAUCAGUGGAAGAGAAAGAGGGUUUGAUGUUCCUGGAGGAAACUAUUGGCUCUCUGGAUGCAGAAGCAGACAGUGGGGUCUCCACUGAUGACACCGACUACGUGGAGCCCUCCAAGCUGCCUGGGACGUGGCGCAAGAGGGACUCUGCUGCCCCAGUGGAGGACCCAGUGCCAGCAGAUAAAUCUUCACAGGAGAUGCCCAAGGAGGACAGGCUUGACCAAGCCAACACAAGGAGACAGGUGAAGUCCCUGGGAUCUUUGAUUAUCCAGCCUCCAGAUCCCUUCCAGGAUGACCUCGUGAGCCAUGAGUGGUCACGGAGCAAUCGCUCAGAUGACAAGAAGGAAACGGCCAAGGAGACCAACACUUGGACUUCAUGGGGCCAGCCAGAGCAAUCCGUGGUGGAAGAGGCUCCUCAGGACCCCGACACCAAACGCGGGCCACCAACUGCCCCCAAACCACGAAAACUGCCACCAAAUAUUAUCCUGAAAACCAGCAAAACCAGCCCAGUGCCGCUCGCCACGGAGCCCGGCCAGAAGGUGAGAGCAACACCUCCCUCCUCAGCCAGCUCUCAGCCCGGCUCUGCCAGCGACAUCGCUGCUGAAAGGGCAAAUUUGGGGCACCCCGACCCCAAGGACAGGGAGAAAGCCCAUCGGGAGGCACUGGAGAAGCUUGGACUGUCACAGGACAGGAGGGAGCCCAGCGCCCACCUUCCUCCCCAGCCAAGGGGGAUGCCAGGCCCCGGGCAGCCCGAGGCACGCCGCGGGGCAGCGCCCGGCACCCGGCACAUCACCUUCAAAUCCAACACCCUGGAGCGCUCGGGCGUGGGGCUGGGCAGCUCCAUGGCCAGUGCCAAGGAGCAGAACGCCAAGACCAGCACCCACCCUCUGCAGAGCUGCCCCCGCGCCCCCCGCCCCUGCGUCAGCGUGAAGAUUUCCCCCAAGGGCACGGCCGAGGAGAACCGGCGAGAGGCACUGAAGAAGCUGGGGCUGCUGAAGGAAUAG